UAUUUGAAUUAGAAAUGAGAAAUAUUCUUCCAAAACAAUUGAAUUAUUUGUGGAAGUUACGGUUCUGCCCUUCAGUAACCACUUCGAUAAGCGAAACAAGUGAACAGGUGUGCGAAAAUGUACAUAUAAAGUGCCUUAUCGUAAACCAUAUGGUUAUUAAUCAUCCAUCAUGGAGCCUGACAAAGACGAAGCUGACUUCUGGAUUUUUAACAAAUCCGUUGAUGAAUCGAAAAAAGGUGAAAUCCUGGGUCCGGAUCCUUUCGCGGAUUAUUAUGACAUGACCCAUGAUAAACGGGGCAUCGCUGUAAUUUUCAAUCAGGUCAACUUCUCUAUAAAAUGUUCCACUAGAGAAGGAUCUGACAAAGAUCGGGACGAUCUGCAACAAUUAUUAAACGAGUUGAACUUCGAAGUUAAAACCUACAACGACUUGAACGUUUCCGAAAUCACUGAUGUCCUAAAAAUAGUUUCGAAGAUGGACCAUAGUUUAAAUGAUUGUCUCUUAAUUUCGGUAAUGACGCAUGGGGACGAUGGAAUACUUUAUGGAAAGGAUGGGCCUUAUCCUGUUAAAAAUUUGUGGAAACUGUUUACCGGUGAGAACUGCCCUUCUUUAGCAGGGAAACCGAAGUUGUUCUUCAUUCAGGCUUGUCGAGGAAAUGGUACUGAUCCCGGCGUGGAACUGAUAUCAAAACGGAUUCUUACUGACGAACCAGAUGGGAGCAAAGACCAUGAAUUAACCUAUUCCAUUCCUGUAAUGGCGGACAUACUGAUUAUGUAUUCCACGACUGAAGGCUACUACUCCUGGAGGGACCCUAAUCUAGGAACAUACUUCAUCCAAUCGCUAGUUUAUCAGCUGAGGAAACUUCACGACAAAAAUGAUCUUUUAACCAUUCUAACUUUUGUUAAUAGACAAGUUGCAAUAGAAUUUACUUCAGAGGAAUCAGGAAAAACACAGUUGUCUGGAUGCAAGCAGAUGUGCUCAAUUGUCAGCAGGUUGACUAGAAUCUUGAAAUUUAAUGAAAAGUGAAAUAAUAAAUGGCUGAAUUAUAUUAUUAUUAUUAUAUAUUUAAAAGUAAAUAUAUUUAUAAUUAAUUAGAUUUAAUCUGUUAUAAAACUAUAUCAUAUAUAAUCGUCAUGACAUAAUUUUCACGCAUAAAUUUGUAUUUUUUUCUUAAAUGAAAGUAUUUAA